GCGGGGGACCCUCCCGCUUGCUGUCACCGCUCCCCCGCCCCCCGCAGCCGGCCAGAAGCAGGGCGCUGGGCUUGCUGUGUUUUCUUCGACCACUGUCCAGCUGCGGGCGCCGUCCCUGUCACCCUCGGUGCGGUGCACCCGAGCCUCAAACAGCCCCAGAUGCGCGGUGACGGUGACGGUAACGCCUGGCCGUGCUGAAGGACUGGGUGAGGACAGGGCUCCCCAGUGCCCAGCACAUGGCAACGCCGGCCGCACCGGAGGCCCUCCGUCACUGCCGCCGAAUGAAACGAAUGACGGGGGCCGGGGGCCGAGGGUGGGGUCACCUGACAUGUGUUUGUUCAUUCAGGGGAUGUUUGCCGCCGGCCCGCGGGCGCCAGGCCCUCUGCCAGUUGCUAGGGCUGCAGAUGACCGAGACAGCCCCUGCACACAAGACCCAUGUAGAGCGAGCAGGGACUAGGCAAGGAACAUAGGACGGAAAAGCAUGCCUCGGAUUUCCCGCAGAAGCUUUCGGUGCCCCCAAGGAGAGCCACUUUAGUGGAUCAGGAGCCAGACCAGGCUGCUGAGGAGUGACUGGAAAGUGAGGGAAAAAAGAGGAGAAAGAGAGACCAGUCACCACGGGGUGGGGAAUAGAGCAGAGGGGAAUGCCAGCCCUACCCUUGCACCUUUUUCGUUUUCCAAGUAAAAAAUAAGUGGCGAUCGUGUGUCUAUGCCAGCCCUGUCUAAUAGAAAUAUAAUGGAAGACAUAAACAUGUAACUUUGCAUUUUCUACUAGUCACGUUUAAAAAGUAAAAAGAAAUAGGUGAAAUUAAUUUUAAUGAUGUAUUUUAUUUAACCCAGUGCAUUCGAAAUACUUCAAUGUGUAGUAAAAAUUAAGAAAUUAACGAAGUCUUACAUUUUUCCCCACACUAAGUAUUCAAAAUCUGGUAUUUUAUACUCACAGCGUAUUUCAAUCAAAACAACCACAUUUCAAGUGCUCAGUAGCCACAGGUGGCUACCGCAUUGAACAGUGCAGAAGAAUCAGGAGAGACAAAUGUUGACCAUGAAAAAGAGAAAAGAACAAUGUACCCAAAAUUGUAGAAGGAGUUGGCAUUCAGAGCAUGAGUGGAAAGAUUAGUUUUAGACAGGAGGAACCUUUUUCCUGUGGGACAGAAAUGAGAAAGCGUGGAUUAAGCUACUCAUGAGUUCAAAGUAGUAAGGAAUGUCAAGAAAAAGAAGAGAAAGGUGAGGGAGUUUUGGUCUAAUUGAUUUAAUUUUCUUCGUGUCAUCUGCGAGUGAAGGGGCCUGCAGUGACCAAGGGUCUUCCUUCUCAAUGUGUGCUCCCUGUGCCAACAGCAUCAGCAUCCCCCAGGAGCUUGUUAAAAAUACGGCAUCUCAGUUUUCCUCCCAUACCUGCUGAAUAGAAGCCUGCAUUUUAACAAGAUUACCGGAUGAUUCUCAUGCAAAUUAUUUAUUUGAGAAGCAUCAUAGUAAAAGUUUCAGGGGAAGGCUGGGAGUUUGCAGUGGCCACUAUAUGGAAUAGGAAAAGAAGCAUGGGGGCAUCAGGCAGUGUCGAGUCCCCGCUAAGCUUAGAGACCAUUGGUGUGUGGUGACACCAGUUUACCCAGUUAUGAGACUUACCAGCCCACUUACAGAAACAGAAUGGGAACGAUUGGACUGAUUCAAACCUGGAACUUAGUUGAGCAGAAAGACAGGGAUGAGUGAAAGAGUUAAAGGUGUUAGAAGUGAUCUGCGGAGGAAGAAAGCAAAGCCUGGAGCAGGGUGAUAAACCAGGAGCAAAUGGAAUGGUCAAGGGUUUAGUAGGAUUGCAGAACAGGUGAAAUGAGCAUAGGAGUGGGUGAGUUGGAGAGGUGGGAGGCUGUUUCAGCCAGUUAGGAAAUCCACAGAAGUCAUCCUUGUCCAGCCUCCUAUUUGUUGUAGCAAUUUCUUCAUACACCGUUUCAAUGUACCUUCAGUGAUGGGGCAGCCUGUUGUUUCCUUGGAAGCUCUAGUUCAAAUGCUACUUAUAUAGGCCAAAGUUUACCAGCCCGAAAAUUCCAUGUUGAUUCUAGUUCUGCCUUCUGGAGUAACAUAGUAUAAGAUUAAACAAGUCUGUUCUGCCUCCUGUUUUAUAACCCUCAAAUAUUUGAAAAUAGCCAUCAUGCUUUCUCCAGACUCAACCUUCAAAGCUUCCUCGGCUAUUACUGAAUUGGUAUGGUUGUGGUUUGUAAGCAGGCUGGUGGACAGGGCCAGAACUUAAUAAGGGGUUUUUCAGCGGGCACUGAGCUCAGUGAAACCUGAGAAGAUGCCGGGGCACGUAGGCCUUUCCCACAGAUGGAAGAUGCAGCAGCAGCUUGAGUCUGUGGAUGACUGGCCUCUAGGGCCUCGCAUCCCAGGGAAUAUGCCAGGCUGGCUCUUGAUCCAGUUUCACUCACUCACUGUCUUACUUAAUCCAUCCCUGACCCACCAAAGCAGUUCUCUUGGCUUUUGAUGCUGAUGAGCUCCAUAAAGAUGAGGCUUAUCCAGACAGUAUGAAAACUAUAUUUAGUUAAUCUCAGCUGGCCAGUUAAGCAGUCCUCAUGUGAUCUGAGUUUGGAUUAGGGCUCCUAACACUCAAUGUCUUGUCUCUCCACUGCACACAGACUUCUGAGUGGGACUCUGAAUGCCUUACAUCCCUGCAGCCCCUACCUCUUCCCACGCCCCCAGCAACAAACGAGGCACACCUACAGACUGCAGCCAUCUCCUUGUGGACAGUGGUGGCAGCCGUGCAGGCUAUAGAGAGAAAGGUGGAAGUCCACAGCCGGCGACUCCUGCACCUAGAAGGACGGGCAGGGACAGCAGAGAAGAAGCUGGCCAGCUGUGAAAAGACAGUGGCAGAUCUUGGGAACCAGCUAGAUGGCAAGUGGGGCGUGCUGGGGACACUGCUGCAGGAGUACGGGCUGCUGCAGAGGCGGCUGGAGAACUUGGAGAACCUGCUGAGGAACAGGAACUUCUGGAUCCUGCGGCUGCCCCCAGGCAUUAAAGGAGAUAUCCCUAAGGUGCCUGUGACAUUUGAUGAUAUCUCCAUCUACUUUUCCACUCCAGAGUGGGAAAAAUUAGAAGAAUGGCAAAAGGAACUUUACAAGAAUAUCAUGAAGGGCAACUACGAGUCUCUCAUCUCCAUGGAUUAUGCCAUGAAUCAACCUGAUGUCUUAUCUCAGAUUCAGCCAGAAGGAGAACAUAAUACAGAAGACCAGACAAGGCCACAGGAAAGUGAGAUUCCCACUGACCCCAGUGAAGAGCCUGGCAUUUCAACAUCAGAUAUCUUGUCUUGGAUUAAACAAGAGGAAGAGCCCCAGGUUGGGGCCCCACAGGAGUCCAAGGAGAGUGACAUAUACAAAGGUACCUAUGCUGAUGAAGAGCUUGUCAUCAAAGCCGAAGGCCUUGCUAGAGCCUCCUUGUGCCCCGAGGUUCCAGUCACCUUCUCUUCUCCACCACCAGCAGUAACAAAGGAUACUUUUUCAGAUGUGGCUUUCAAAAGCCAGCAGUCUGCACCCAUGACACCUUUUGGACGUCCGGCCACUGACCUGGCAGAAGCCUCUGAGGGACAAGUGACUUUUACUCAGUUGGGUAGCUACCCCCUGCCGCCUCCAGCGGGAGAGCAGGUGUUCUCAUGCCACCAUUGUGGCAAGAGCCUCAGCCAAGACAUGUUGCUGACCCACCAGUGCGGCCACACUGGUGAGCACCCCGUAUCCUGCGCCCAGUGCCCCAAGCACUUUGCCCCGCCGGCCGAGCUCGGCAGCAACUCCCAGGCCCACACCGCUGAGACACCCCCGACCUGCCCGCACUGCGCCAGAACUUUCACGCACCCGUCGAGACUCACCUACCACCUCCGGGUCCAUAACAGCACCGAGCGCCCUUUCCCCUGUCCUGAUUGUCCCAAGCGCUUUGCCGACCAAGCCCGCCUCACUAGCCACCGGCGCGCUCACGCCAGCGAGAGGCCUUUCCGCUGCGCGCAGUGUGGCCGGAGCUUCAGCCUGAAAAUCAGCCUCCUGCUCCACCAGCGCGGGCAUGCGCAGGAGAGGCCUUUCUCCUGCCCCCAGUGCGGCAUUGACUUCAAUGGCCACUCGGCCCUGAUCCGCCAUCAGAUGAUCCACACGGGCGAGCGUCCUUACCCGUGCACUGACUGCAGUAAGAGCUUUAUGCGCAAGGAGCACCUGAAAACCCUGCUGACCCCCCGGCGGCUGCACACGGGCGAGCGGCCCUUCAGCUGCGCGCACUGCGGCAAGAGCUUCAUCCGCAAGCACCACCUCAUGAAGCACCAGCGCAUCCACACGGGCGAGCGGCCCUACCCCUGCGCCUACUGCGGCCGGAGCUUCCGCUACAAACAGACCCUCAAGGACCACCUGCGCUCAGGCCACAGCGGAGGCUGUGGGGGCGAGAGUGACCCAUCUGGACAGCCGCCUGACCCCCCGGGGCCCCUCCUAACAGGGCUCGAAACCUCUGGCCUAGGCGUUAACACCGAAGGUCUAGAGGCCAGUCAGUGGUAUGGAGAGGGAAACGGAGGGGGAGUUCUGUGAACCUCCUUUCCUGGUUAUCCCUGCCCACCUCAGGGCAAGAGAAAGGCCCGCGAGCCCCUCCACCCCCACAGUCAUCACUUUUGGCACUUCGAUGAGUUUGGGGUACCACGCACUUGACUGGGGACAUGCUUGAGUUUUGGAACUUCACGGCAUUACAAGAACACCACAUUUUGAAAUCCAGAAAGACCUGGAAAGGAGCCCAGCAUCCCCAUCUUUUCAAAAAUAUGACCUAAGCCGAAGUUGCAGAGAGAUAGGAAAGCAAGGUUGAGCCUCAUGGUAAUGAGUGAGAAUGAUUACAGCCCUGGGUAGGGACCGGUGUCCGGGAAGGGCCUCCAAAGCUCGAAGCUGGUCCUGAGGCAGGGAGCCUUUCCGUCAGCCUUUCCCCCGAUGGUAAGACAAGGAAGCGCGCAAGCUCCCACACCAGCCUAGGUCUGCGCCUGUGCUAAGCACUGCCUCUCCCGAGAGGAGAGCUCUAAACGCCUUCCUAGGUUUCCUAGACUAACUCUUCUAAAUACAUUUGGUUUAAUACUGGGUGAGCAAGAAAUCUGACUCUAAAAGCGUUUUAAGAACAGUUCUUAACUUUAGCUUGAUUGAAGCAUUCAGCCUCUUAUUGGCAUCUAAAACUGCUACACACCUCUGCUGAGAUCCUGGUUAAAAAGUUGAGAGCAGUGUGCUCAGCCCCAGUUUUAAAAGCUGGAGGUCCCAGAGAAAUGACAGAACAGUCUAAAAUUUGUGCCUGAAUCUUGUUUCUGAGAGUCAUUGCAUCAAAUUUUUCCUUAUCAUUUACAAGCCAAUAAGAUGGCUUUUUUAUUUCUGGUGUCUGAUAUUCUUGACAGCAGAAAAGACCACAGCACUUUCCAGAAGCGUCGUGGUGUUUUACAAAGCACCCAUGGACGACGCUCGGCUUUCAUUUCCUUAGUAGUGAGGUGAUAGUGUUAUUACAGCUUUCUUGAGCCAUCAGAGAGUGUGUGUUGACCAUCUGGCUGUCCCCCCAUUGGCGGUGGACUGAUCGAGGGACUUCACAGGUCACUGAGAGCUGCUCACCGCCCAGACAAGGACAGCCUCUUCCUGCCGGUCUCCCUGUUAGGGAGCUUGGCUAGAAUGUACUCUUUGUCAGGGUCAUUCAGUCACCUGGGAGCGUCUGAGCCUUGUUCUAUUCCUAAGUGGCUUUGCAAUUGGACAUAAAUCUCUUUUCCUUUAUAGAUCUCAAAUUUUCGUCACCAAAAUGAGGUUGGUGAGAGGAAAAAUGUGGGCCUCUAAAUUUUUUUAAAAAAAUCUUUUGAUACAUUCCUUCUGCCAGAAUCCUCUCUAUCUCUGGCUUCUAUCCAGGCAAAGCCAAAUAAGACAGCAAAAUCAAAGCAGAGACAUUCUUGCUGAAACUUGACUGAAAUCAAUUUGAUUUGUUAUUUUACUCUUGCUUAGAGCCUGAGGUAGAAAGAAAAUGCAGAAGCCUUAAGUCUUGGGCAGAAAAACUGUUUAUACCUGCACUCUCUUGUUUACCCUGGCUCUUCCCAAGAUGCCUGGAAAUAAGGUCUGUGAGGAUUUAGACAGGACACUUUCUUGAUGAAAUAGUCGAGGAAGGACCCAUUUUUUCCAUAUCACCUAGCCCAGCAUUUACCCUGCCUUUACCCCAGCUAGCUUUGUUCCUGGGGAGGCUCUGUCUGAACAUGCUGCUUGUCUGGCUAGUCAUAUUUAUAAAACAUCUGCUCUGUGACAUUCACAAUACCAGGGAUUGUGGGAGACCUAAGGAAUGUGUGUGAGACCUGGUCUGACUCUAAAAGCGUUUUAAGGAGAACAGUCCUAACCUACAGUCUGAAGGCAGUGAAGAAACCCAAGGGUAUAGAACAAACCAAGACAAAUGAUGAACACAGCCCUGGCUUGUUGGGCUUAAGAGCUUCCUAGUUAGAAUCUAGACCCAUACUAUGGGAAAAUCAGGUGGUUCUGAGAGUUCUAGUUUUGCUGGUGACCCACUCAGAGCUUGAGUUUGAGCUUCAGCUCUGGUUUGCACCUUGAUCUCUCUAAUGAAAUGGGAGAAGAAUCAGUACUGCCUUUAGGUGGUGCACCCCCUUUUCUGAACAAAUCUAAGCAUUUUCCAGGGUGUGCUGGAGAAGGGAUUCCUAUAGUAUGUUGGACUAGAUAACGUGGAAAAUUCUCCUUCACUCAUAGAUUUACUGAGGACACAGCUUACUAAUAAAAGAGACAUGUAGGUUAAAAUACUGCAUAUAUAUGAUCUCACAGUCUCUCUGUAAGGAACUAGCCAGCAGGGACCCAAACUUUGGCAAGAAGUGAACACAGUUCAGAUACCAACAAAGCUGAACGAAAGGGAAUGGACAGGGCCGUGCGAGAAAGCCGGAAGUACGUGUUAUCCUCAUCUUCAGCCCUGGUGCAGACUAGGGAGUUCAGCCGUGGUACACUCUGGUCUCCUUUCCCUCCACCAGUCCUCUACUGGGUGGGACUCCAGGCCAGCUGCAGACUGGAGAGUGGAUAAGUAAAGUGGAUCAGUGGAAAAGAUAGUCCAACAGAAAGGUUUCAGUGUGUGGAGAAACUUGAUCCAUCAAGGGCCCCUGAGACAAGCCAUGCAUUUAACUCAGCAGCUGAGGAGGUACCUGAGGACUGGUUGUCCUGAGCAGAAGUGAUAGGAAAGAGGAAAACCCAGGAAUGUCUCAUCAGUCCGCUCUCUGGGCCAAGAAUUCUGUACUACCCCAUAAAUAGGCGCUGUCUCCUCGGGGUGGAUCCAGAUGUUGACUAUAAUCAAAUUCGCUCUUCGCUUACUAGGUUUUCAUUGUUACCAUAAGAUGAACCCCUGGUUCCGUUACAGAUGUGAAAAUAAAUGGAAGUUGAUCACUUGUCUAGAAGGUGAAAGCUGCUGACUGAUUGAUCCUUUCUGCUGGGUAUCCGAUAUUGGCAGCACCGUGGCUGGGCUCUAGCUAGAGCAGUUCUUUGUACAACUUCCCCCAUUAAUUCGUGCCGAAUUCCCGUUGGGCGACUCUGCAGGGCUCUUUUUGGAACAUUUUUGAGGGAUUUGAGUGUUCACGCCUGUCUCAACCAGGACCAGACCCUAUGGCUUACUGGCAAGUAACAAAUGUUCCCUGUCUCAGUCUGCAGAAGCCUUGUUAACAAAACAGGACUGAUUUCCUUUAUCUGUUCAUUCCAAAUGGGAUGGAGAACCCAAAUUUCUGCUCAGAUUUUCCCUUGAAGAAGGUCAGGACACCUUAUCCCUUCUCCCCAUAUCGUAGCAUCUUGGACAAAAAUUGUCCUCAGCAGCUGCCCAAGUAGCGAUGAGUAAAACAGCCUUUCCCCAAAAGAAA